AUGGGCGAGAGGAAGGAUGAUGCUGCUGAGGAAGCCUGGCUGCAGCUGCGGCCCAUAGAGCCCCUGCCCUCCCAGUGCUGCGGCAGCGGCUGUUCACCCUGCGUGUUCGACCUCUAUCACCGAGACCUGGCCAGGUGGGAGGCAGCCCGAGCCCGCCAGGACAGGAGCCUGCUAAGUGGAGAGGACUCACAGAGCUGCCCCUCCAGCCUGAGCCCAGAGACCUUCCUGGCCUUCCACAUCAGUGCCAUGGACAAACUCACUGAGGAUACCUACUAUGUCCGGUUUGCACUACCUGGGAACAGCCAGCUUGGCCUGCGGCCUGGCCAGCACCUUGUCCUACGAGGGAUAGUAGAUGACUUAGAAAUUCAGAGAGCCUAUACGCCCAUCAGCCCUGCCAAUGCAGAAGGAUACUUUGAAGUUUUAAUUAAGUGCUACCAGACUGGGCUGAUGUCCCGGUAUAUCGAGUCCUGGAGAGCAGGAAACACAGCUUUCUGGCGAGGACCUUUUGGAAACUUCUUCUAUAAACCAAACCAGUAUGGUGAGCUCCUCAUGCUGGCUGCGGGCACAGGCCUGGCCCCCAUGGUGCCCAUCCUGCAGAGCAUCACAGACAAUGCAGAUGAUGAGACCUUUGUCACUCUGGUCGGCUGCUUCAAGACUUUUGAGGGCAUCUACCUGAAAUCCUUCCUCCAGGAGCAGGCCCGUUUCUGGAACGUCCGUACCUUCUUUGUACUCAGCCAGGAGAGCUCCCCAGAGAAGCUUCCCUGGAGUUACCGGGAGAAGACUCACUUUGGCCGCCUGGGCCAGGACCUAAUUGAAGAGCUGCUCAGCUGCUGUCGGAGAAAGCCAUUUGUAUUGGUGUGUGGCUCAGUUGAGUUUACCAAGGACAUGGCUAGGUGUUUGCUGUGUGCCGGCCUAACCAAGGACUCCUACUUCCUCUUUUAGUCUAGGCUUCCCCUCCAAAGCCCAGGCCAGGGCCUAUUCCUAUGACACAGGAAGGAGCACAGACUAAAAUUUGAAGACACGGAGUCCAGGCCUGGCCCUGCUGCUAGCUUGCCAGGUGUCUUGGGGGCAAGUCUCUAUACUUCCGUUUCUCAUCUGCCCCAUAAAGUUAAUCAUUCUCUCCCAGCCUCCUGCUGUGCAGAGGGAGGCCAGGGGCUAUACGUGUUCCAAGGAGGCAAGCAUCCAGCCUGGGAGUCAGGGAGGACUCCUUAGAGGAAGCCCAGUCCAGGCUGAGCUCCAGGAUGAGUAGGAUUUGGGCAGGAGAAGAGGCGAGAGGAGCUUCCCUGGCUCUCUGAUUUAGAGGGUUUCUUGGGAGCUCCAACCAUGGCCUCAGCACCAGCUCAGGUUAGGUGCUCCAUCGGUAUUUAGGGAAUGAUCCUAAAAGAAGCCAAGAGCCCUUUGGAGGAGGACCUUGCCUAAAGUACCUCCAGUGCCAUGAGCCUAACAUGCCGAAGGUCUUGGGUUCUUUGACUUGACCAUGUUCUUAGAGCAAGGUGGGGCCCUGGAUUACCUUUGUAUUGGCCCCAAGCCUUUCCCACUGCAAACUGCUUUGCUCUCAGUGACCCUUCCCUGGCUCAAGAGCCCAGCUCAGAGUCCUUUCCCCAGUAAAAGAGAAGGCACAGGAAGCAAGUGCCCCUCCCUCCUCCUGCAGGCAGCAGGCUCAGCCUGUGCCUUCAGCUCCAGAGCCCUGGCAACAGUUGCUAUGGAGAUCUAAAGAUAGAGCUGGAGUCCAGA